GAUACAUCCCCUUGGCAGGAGAAAAGUCGAAGUCCAAAAGUUAAUUGUUCCCAUAAUGGCAGUUUUGAUCAGUAGGGAGCGACCAGCAAAAGAGAGCGACUUAGUGGUGGGGCGCCAUCUACAAUGCUGUUAAUCAUAAUAAGUUCAAACUCGUUCGGUGUUGUGAGUCUGCUAUAUCAGCUUGGGAUAAGUUGAAGAAAACCAAUGAAAUUAUAUUCCAGACCGGACAUGCUUGUCAAACGUCUUGAAACUUAUUGAAGUUUGAGAUGAAAUCUUUGAGAAGAACUGAGUAGGACAGCAAGGAACUUGCCAUUUUUUAUGAGUUUACCAUUCGGUGGUAGAUGUUUUACGUACCAACCGACGCUAUAAUGAGAUUCAAUGUGUUUAAUUGAGACAGUAACUAACAUAUUAUACACAAUUACCGCUACUGAUGCAUAUCACUAAUGUUAACUCUGAACGUUGUAAUUUUUUUUAUCAAACGUAUUAGGCUUUAAUUAGAUGCAAAACUGUUAAAGCGAUAAGGACACGGAAAAUAGCAAAAACUUUAAACGGAUUCAUAGUAUUAGUCAAAACAAAGAUGUUUAAAAUAGUCAAAAAACGGAAUGCCUAUCUAAGUGAUGGUAUUGUAUAUAAAGACAUCAUGCCUCAUAUAUAAUUAUCUACAAAAAAACUUUAAAAUAAUUAUAGAAGACGGUCAUUUCGAACAGCCAACACAAUGAAUCGUCUCUCUUGUUUUCUGCUCGUCAUUGGACUGUGCGUUGGGUUGAGUAAUGCAUAUGAGAAAAACUCUGUACACUUCAAGAACUCUCUUGGUCGUAACAAUAUCUUGAAGAUCAAUUGUUUAUCAAACAACGACAAUCUAGGCUUCCACUUUUUGCGGCCUGGAGAAACCUACGAAUUCAGUUUUCAUGAUAGUGUUUUUAAAACAGAAUUUUUCUGUGACCUAUGGCAAGGGCCUAAUUUCAAGUUCCAUGCAGGGUUCACGGGAUAUGAAGGUGGUGGUCUCAUCGUUCAUUAUGGUAAACAAAACUUUUGGGAUGCUAGAGAAGAUGGAAUUUACUUCACACAUGGCCAAAAAACGCCCAAGUUAGAGUAUAAUUGGGAAUAAUUAUUAGCUCACUUUUCUUUUAAGUUUACCAAAAGUAAUUUUUUUCUUGUGUAUUGUGAAAGAAUACCUUUGUUAUAAAUUAUCAAAGGGCACCUUAAUAAUAUUUGCGUAUCUUGUUAUAUAAAUGAAAAUAUUUGUAUGAUUUAAAAACCCUCUCCAAUCUCCACCAUCUAAGAUAUUCUCAAUCGAUCCAAUCUGAGAAGGUUAGAAAAUAUAACAGAUAGUCACUUCUCAAACGGUCAAUGUAUUAUCCUCCUCAUUCGUCGUAAUUUCAACAAAAAUAUAUGUGGUAGGCGAUGGAAUUCGUUUUUGACGAAAUAGUUUUACAUUUUCCGGAAGAAAAAAACGGUUUUACAUUUUAUAGGAAGUCUUUAGAUGAAGACGUUCAUCAAAAUUGUUAGCCAAGUGUUAAUUCUCUAUUUCCAUUGUGAAGCUCAAGUGUAGUGCCAGUGGGGAAGGGUUUUUAUUUGAGAGUUUGUUUGAUCCUAAUUUUUUUAUUAAGUUGCAUCUUUGAUGAUAU